GAAGUGAAGCGCUAAACUCAAAUUGUUGGGAUGCUAUGCUUCUUAAAACGAUAUACCGGUGUUAAUCCAAGUUCAUCUUAUAAAGCAUCGUUUCUCUAGGAUCAUGUUGGAAAAAUGUCUGAAAUCCUCUUUAAUCAAAUACUGGAUGUGCAAGUCAAAUGUAAAGAUUGUGAAGAUAGGAGAAUUAGCAUACGAGUGACUGUAGAGGUGCAGUCCACCACCAACCCUGUUCUUAAAAAGAUCUUGGUUGUUCGUUUAACUGACGAUGUUGAUCCAUUUUUUCUGUACAACCUUAAUUUAUCUGAAGAAGAUUUUCAGAGUUUGAAACUUCAACAAGGGUUGUUGGUAGACUUUUCUGCAUUUCCCCAAAAGUUUAUAGAUCUCCUUCAACACUGUAUUAAAGAACAAAGUAAAGCCUUGCCAAGGUUUUUGCUUCAGCUGGUUUCUUCAUCAGCAGUAUUGGAUCACACAUCAGCAGUUAUAAAUGUGGUAGAGACAAAUACGUUCAAACAUCUUACACAUUUAUCUUUAAAACUUCUUCCGGGGUCUGAUUUGGAAAUAAAGAAAUACCUAGCAUCAUGUUUAAAAAGCCUAAAGGAUGAAAAUGUAUCUUUGGAAGAAAAACUUAGAAAAACAGAAGAAGAUUUAUCCAGACAGCUAAGCUAUGCCCAGCAGACAUUGUCAGAAAAGUCUCUGGAACUAGACAGGUUACGAAAUGAAUGGACAGUGCAGACAACAGCGUUUACAAACAAGUAUUCAGAGGAACUGACAUCAGAAAGGGAAAAGUCGCUUCAGACUCAGACACAGUACCAGCAACAGUUAGAACAACAGCGAAAGGAGCUUGAAAACCUGCAUCAGGAAAGCAUCCAGCAAUUACAGAGCAGACUGAAUGAAACUGAAUUAACAAAUAAAGAGCUGUCUGAAAGGAGAUACAAAGCCGAGUCCAGCAUCAGAGAACUUAAAGCCAAGAUUUCUGGGAUAGAAGAUGAAUGUCAAAGAGUUAAACAAGAAGUUUUAUCCUUGCGCCGCGAAAAUUCUAUUCUGGAUGCAGAGUGCCAUGAAAAAGAAAAGCACACACAUAAGCUGCAAACUCGAGUUGCUGUUUUAGAGCAAGAGGUUAAAGAUAAGGAUCAGCUGGUGAUGAGGACAACAGAAGUAUUAGAAGCCACCCAGGAACAAAAGAAAAUAGCAGAAGAAAAUGCUGAGAAAAAACAGAUUCAAUUAGGAAAGCUGGAAGCAACUAUAAAGUCUCUGUCAGAGGAACUGAUUAAGGCUAAUGAAAUAAUAAAUAAAUUGCAAGGCAAUGUGAAGACUUUAAUGGAAAAACUGAAACUCAAGAAUUCUGUAACAGUAAGGCAAGAAAAGCUCUUGGGUGAAAAAGAAGAGACACUGAAGAAAGAACAGCAAGAGUUGCAGGAACUUACACAGUCUCUAAAACUCAAAGAGGAAGAGGUAUUAAAAUUAAAAGAGCAAUUGGAAGGUGCUCUGCAGAAGCUGGAUGAAAGCAAAGAACUCUUAAAAACAAAUGAAAAUGUAAUUACAUGGUUGAACAAGCAACUGAAUGACAGCCAGAUAACAAGGAAGCAAGAAAUAAAACCUCUUGAAACCCCACCUUUGUAUUCUAAUUCUGAUCCUUUUAAAAUGGGAGCAUUGGCACACAGUGUGCCUGAUACAAGAUCAUUGUUCCCUCAGCCAGGGCUAAACUACCCAGUUUCUUCAAAGAGUGCAUUCCCACUGCCAUUUUCAACAAAUAGUGCCAGUACCUCUGCCUUAGGCAUCAGUGCUCAGGGAUCAGGCGCGAGGGUCCAUUUUAAUACACAUAUUUCCAAGCCAAAUACAUCUCCAGAUAAUAUCAAAUUUGGAAUUUCUUCAGCCACAAUUUCCAUGUCGAACAAAGAGAAUGGAGAACCUGUUGGAUUGGAACCAAAGUACCUUAAGAGACAAGACACUACUGCACUGCGAGGGCUUGUCCAAAAUAGCAUUAAUACAGAACAUCAGAAGUCUUCAAGUUUGACAGCUGGACAGCCUUCAAAAAAAUAUCAUCAAGCUUCAGCAUACUUCAGAGGGCAGCAGCCAGUGCAUUCCUAACACAAAAUAGACUGAAGGACAAAAAAAGAAAAACUCUUUUAUCCCUAUAUGUUUUUAUAUGCACACUGGUUAAUGACUUUUGUUAUAUAAUGUACUAAAAGUUAUUCAUAAAUCUUUGAAAUGUUUUAGUGUUAAUGUGGCAGUUGGUUAUUUAGAAAUCACCAGUGCCAAACAAUAAAACAAGAACCCAAGGACAUGGGCUUUUUAAACAAACUCGUAUAGCAGAUGUUCUUCAUCUCACAUUGCUGCAGUCCUUACACUUGGGUAGUCCGCUGUCCUCGGUCGGC